AUGGAAAAUGAGCUUAAUAAAUCUUUAUCAUCGUUGGGAACUUUCUCCAAUAUUAAACUUGUUGGUCUCUGUGGCACGUAUGAAGAUGGGAUAGAUUUUGUCAAAACUUUACCGAAAGAUAAACAAAAGACUAUCAUGUGGUUAGGCUCCUCAAUUGGAAAUUUGAAUAGGAAGGAUGCUGCAAGCUUUAUACAUCGCUUCCAAGAAAAUGCGAUGAAUCCCGGUGAUAUGUUUUUGAUUGGAAUCGACAGGAGAAACCACCCUGAAAAAGUUGCCACCGCUUACAACGAUCCUCAAGGCGUCACUGCAGAGUUUAUAAUGAAUGGAUUGGAUCACCUUAAUGUUAUUUUUGAUCAGCCAAUUAUUAACCGUAAUAGUUUUGAUUAUUUUUCAACAUAUAAUGAAAACGAAGGUAGACAUGAAGCGUACUAUCAGUCCAAGAAAGAUCAAAUAUUAGAAUUUUUAGUCCCCAAUGAUAUCAAUAAAACAAAAAUCCAAAUCAACGUGAAAGAAAGAGAACUUAUUCGAAUUGAAUAUGCUUAUAAAUAUAAUAAAGCAGAAACCACAAAGCUUUUUUACGAAGCUCAUUUAGCUCAUGUGGAAAGUUGGACUGAUUCUGAUUCGCAGUAUGAUCUUCAUUUGACUUAUAAACCUCCUUUCUUCUUUACGCGUGCUCAAGAAUCGAAAGAGUCCGUGCCAACCGUCGAAGAAUGGAAAGAAAUUUGGAAAUCAUGGGAUACAAUUUCCUUGAGCAUGAUUCCAUUAGAUAAAAUGCAUUCAAAACCUAUUUUCCUUCGACAUCCUUUUAUUUUUUAUAUUGGUCAUAUUCCCUCAUUCAUCGAUAUUAUUCUGGCCAAAUAUUUUCAUGAAAAAUUUACCGAACCAGAAAAUUUUGCCACCAUUUUCGAACGAGGAAUUGAUCCUGAUAUGGAUGAUCCAUCCAAGUGUAAUCCUCAUUCGCCUGUUCCUGAUCAAUGGCCAAAACUUAGUUCAAUUCUCGAAUAUCAAGAUAAAGUUAGACAAAGACUUUUAAAUAUUUACAAUGUUUAUAAGGAUAAACUAAUUCCGCGUUCACUAGGUCGCGUCUUGUGGAUGUUAUUUGAACAUGAAGCAAUGCACCUUGAAACGUUAUUUUAUAUGUUGGUGCAAUUCGAAGAUCUUUUACCGCCAAAAGGCGUUGUCAUUCCCAAAUUGCGUCCUGCCAUCCAUAAAGCUCCGGAUGCAAAAUUACUGGAAAUACCGACACAAACCAUUACACUUGGUCAUGAUGAUAAUGAGGAUCUUGAUGACUCGGAUCCAUUAAACUUACCAUUUGGUUGGGAUAAUGAACGUCCUUCACGUAAAGUCACUGUACAGGCUUUCAAGAUUCAUUCACGUCCUGUAACUAAUGAAGAAUAUUUGGAAUUUAUGAAGGCAACUGUAAAUUAUAAUUACCCAUUAUCUUGGGUUCCUGUAGAUCCUUCAUCAUUUAAAUAUAAAGUUCGGACUAUAUUCGGACCUGUCGACAUGGACGUAGCAAUGAAUUGGCCAGUAUUGUUGAGCCAGGAACAUGCAAACUAUUAUGCUGAAUGGACAAAGAUGCGGUUGCCCACUGAAGGGGAAUUGAGAUGUUUUUAUGAUAUUUACUCUCAAAAUCCAAACUUGGAUUCAAAUUUUGGAUUUGCCCAUUGGCAUCCAACUGAUGUCCCGUUAGAUAAUAAUUCUGUUCAAAAAAUAGGCAGUGCAUGGACAUGGACAUCUACCAAAUUUGAAGAAUACCCUGGGUUCGUUAAAAGUAAAUUAUAUCCGGGAUAUUCUUCUGAUUUUUUUGAUGGCAAACAUAACGUAAUUCUUGGAGGGUCAUGGGCAACGCAUCCUCGCUUGAUACGAAGGACAUUCCGCAAUUGGUAUCAACGCGGUUAUCCAUAUGUAUUUAGUAGUGUUAUAUUAUGUCAAGCUUAA